GGCGGCGCGCGCGGCGAGCUCUCUGAGCUUGGCACUGCGCGGGGGCGCACGGCUCGGGGGAGCCAGGCCCGGCCACCUUUCCUCCGCUCCAGGCUCUAGUCUCACUUUCAAAUAGUGGAAAGACGAGAAGCGGGAGCCAUGCAGUCGGAAUCGGGAAUCGUGCCGGAUUUCGAAGUCGGGGAGGAGUUUCAUGAAGAGCCCAAAACCUACUACGAACUCAAAAGUCAACCUCUGAAGAGCAGUUCUGCGGAGCAUCCUGGGGCCUCCAAGCCUCCGAUAAGCUCCUCCAGCAUGACAUCACGCAUCUUGCUACGCCAGCAACUCAUGCGUGAGCAGAUGCAGGAGCAGGAGCGCAGGGAGCAGCAGCAGAAGCUGCAGGCGGCCCAGUUCAUGCAACAGAGAGUGCCUGUGAGUCAGACACCAGCCAUAAACGUCAGUGUGCCUAGCACCCUUCCCUCUGCCACCCAGGUGCCGAUGGAAGUCCUUAAGGUGCAGACCCACCUUGAAAACCCCACCAAGUACCACAUACAGCAAGCCCAAAGGCAGCAGGUAAAGCAGUACCUUUCUACCACUUUAGCAAAUAAACAUGCCAACCAAGUCCUGAGCUUGCCAUGUCCAAACCAGCCUGGCGAUCAUGUCAUGCCACCUGUGCCCGGGAGCAGCGCACCCAACAGCCCCAUGGCUAUGCUUACACUUAACUCCAACUGUGAAAAAGAGGGAUUUUAUAAGUUUGAAGAGCAAAACAGGGUGGAGAGCGAGUGCCCGAGUAUGAACACACAUUCGAGAGCAUCGUGCAUGCAGAUGGAUGAUGUAAUCGAUGACAUCAUUAGCCUAGAAUCAAGUUACAAUGAAGAAAUCCUGGGCUUGAUGGAGCCUGCCUUGCAAAUGGCAAACACGUUACCCGUCUCUGGUAACUUGAUUGACCUUUACGGUAACCAAGGCUUACCACCCCCGGGCCUGACCAUCAGCAACUCCUGUCCAGCCAACCUUCCCAACAUAAAAAGAGAGCUCACAGCGUGUAUUUUUCCCACAGAGUCUGAAGCAAGAGCAUUGGCUAAAGAGAGGCAAAAAAAGGAUAAUCACAAUUUGAUUGAACGAAGGAGAAGAUUUAACAUAAACGACCGCAUUAAAGAACUAGGUACUUUGAUUCCCAAGUCAAAUGACCCAGACAUGCGCUGGAACAAGGGAACCAUUUUAAAAGCGUCUGUGGACUAUAUUCGAAAGCUGCAACGAGAGCAACAGCGCGCAAAGGAACUUGAAAACCGACAGAAGAAACUGGAGCAUGCCAACCGGCACUUACUGCUCAGAAUUCAGGAACUUGAAAUGCAAGCUCGAGCUCAUGGACUUUCCCUUCUUCCAUCCACGGGCCUCUGCUCUCCAGAUGUAGUGAAUCGUGUCAUCAAGCAAGAACCCGUCCUUGAAAACUGCAACCAAGACCUCCUUCAGCAUCACGCAGACCUAACGUGCACAACCACCCUUGAUCUCACAGAUGGUACCAUCACCUUCAAUAACAACCUCGGAACCGGAACUGAGAGCAACCAAGCCUACUGCGUCCCCACGAAAAUGGGAUCCAAACUGGAAGACAUCUUGAUGGACGAUACUCUUUCUCCCGUUGGCAUAACUGAUCCACUUCUUUCCUCGGUAUCACCUGGAGCUUCUAAAACAAGCAGCCGGAGGAGUAGUAUGAGCAUGGAAGAAACGGAGCACGCUUGUUAGCAAAGCCUACCUGCUCUGCGUGCACACAAACUGCUUCCUUUCUUGAGUCCUAGGUUUAAUAAUUUACCCGAAUGGGGUUCUCUUGGUAAUUUUCCUUUAAUAUGAAGUUUUUUUUUCAUGCUUUAUCAAUAGCCCAGGAUAUAUUUUAUUUUUAGAAUUUUGUGAAACAGACUUGUAUAUUCUAUUUUACAACUACAAAUGCCUCCAAAGUAUUGUACAAUGAGUGUACAGUAUCUGUGAACUGAAUUCAUCACGGACUUUAGCUUUCUGAAGCAAGAGUAUUUUGCAUCAGAGAAAUGUCUGUCCAUUUUUAUUCAGGGGAAUCUGGGUUUGCAAUUUUAUUCCUGUGACUUCCUUGGGAAUUAAAUGUAAAGUUUAAUCGAAAGAAUGUAGAGCAACCAAAAAAAAAAGAGAGAGAGAAAAGACAGAAGAAAUCCACACUAACCUGUUGUUUCCAUUUUGUAAAUGUAUUGAUUCAUUGGUACUGCCCUAAAGAUACAGUACCCUUCAAACAGUGUUUAGUCUUUAUACUGCAAACUAUUUAAAGAAAUACUAUGUUCUGUAAAAGAUGGGGAAAAAAAAGUGCAGCGAUUUUCAUGAGGACUGUCUGGUUAGAAGACUUGGGUGCAACUGAAACGGGAGGGAGGCAGAACCGAGCUCUGAUACGGAGUCUUGUCUUACUCUCUUUUCUACGCGCUCUGUUCCGGUUUUCUUUAAUGAGUGUGAUUUAGUUUUUAAAAAAAAUCUGUUUUGUUUUGAAAUGGAAAUUAAUGUCCUCUCAAAGUAAAACAAUGAGGAGCACUGAAAGUUUGUUUUACCUUUUUUUUUUUAAUUUUAACUUUUGCUUUUGAUAAGAAAACUGAACUGGGCACAUUUCUAAUUGGCUUUACAGUUUUUAUUUUUAGAUUUAUGUUUUACUGUUCAUUUGAUUUGUACAGAUUCUUUAUCAUCACCGUUCUUUUCCAUGUGUUUGUAUUCAUUUGUAACAAUGCAGCCUCUCGAACGGAGACGUUUUCGAUAUCUUUACAACGCACUGGUGGUUUUCCUCAUUCUUUGUACACACACGUGCAAGCAGAGUUUGAUGCCAGGCCUUGUAUCUAAGGAGAGCUUCGCAAAUAUUUUGUAUAUUGCAGUCUCACUCAGAACUGUAGGAGUAAUAGUUUAAAACCAGACUUUCUAGAGAAGACAAACUUACAUAUUUAUUUUUAGUGAUAUAAAAAUAGCAAUAUUCUUGGCGACUGAUAACUCUAGCUUUAGUACACCCAUUCUGGUCAUUCAAAUUGGGGUUUUUUUCAGCCAACUUGCUGAAUUUUUUUUUUUUUUUUUGAGAGAAAUACUGUAUUGGCAAAUUACUGUUACUUGAUAACAAUAUUUUAACAAGCAGCAAUGUUGUAAAGUUAGUUCCAGUAGCUUAUCUACUUGUGUAGUCCUAUGCAAUAACAGUAGAGUUACAUGUAGUCUAGCAGGCCUAGGUGUUUUCUACAGAUGACCUGUGGUGUUAGGAGCCAGGCUGGUGAGUGGAAUUUCUCAGUAGCAGCCUGCAAUUGAUUAGUGAGUGGCGUAAAGCAUGUCCAUUCGGAAUGCAGUGCCUUAAAUAUAGCAGUAGUCUUUUGGAGGCUAGCACUGACUGAACUGUAACGUAGCAGAAAGUUUCAAGAUGGUAUCUGUAAUCAAGAGAACCAUGUAGCAUGGUGCUCUGUGUAGACAAUAUAAGAGCUUCCAAUGUUCCUUCAGAUAUUUUUAAUAUUAAAUAUAUUUUAGAGACAGAGUGCCAACAUCUUUCAUCAGGAAACUUUAUUCAGGAGGGUUUUUUUGUUGUUUUUUUUUUUUAAGUGUUUAAAUGUCAAAUGUGAAUUGGUGAUGGGUGACAGGGGGUUGGGAGAGAAGGCGUGAUUGUCAGAUGUCUGAAUGAGUGGCUUACGUGGAAAUAAUCAAUUGCAUAGCUCCCGUGCACAUUGGGCAAUGAGAAUCCUUGGGAACUUUGGUGAUCCUGUCAGUUCUAUAGCUUUAUUACUUAAGGGGGUAGGGAAAGUAAGUUCCCAUUCUUUCAGCCUCCUUAAUUGUCUAGCUCUUUUUAUUAGAAUAGUGAUCCAAAGCUGCAUGAACAGCUACUUGUACCAUAGUGUUCAUUGAUACAAUCAUGGCAUUGUCUCUUUUUCUCUUCAUAUUUAUAUGGGGGGGGGGGCUGGGAGGGCACAGGUUGAAGAUUGCAAUGCUAUGAUGCUAGUUUUCCUUAGUCGAUUUUGAAGGUUUUUAAAAUUAGAACAGGGAUGACUAACCCAUGGCCGAGGGAUUACGGCCAGGGCUCAGCAACCUUGUAGAAAGCUUUGUUUAGAGAAAGUAUGGCAUCUUGUACCACUGCCCUGACUCUUGCGACUCCUGAGCUUGCCACCGCCUGCUUCCCUGUCCCCUCGUUCUUCAAAGACAGUUUUUGGGAGUAGCAGGCGAGCUAGCCCAGGAGAACACUGCAACCUCGGGGGUGGUUUUAUUUAUUUCUUUUUUGCCAAAUAGCGUGUGGAUUUGUUUGAGGGACUAGUUAAGCCAAAAGGAGGUGCUUCGGGCUUACCCAUUUGUAACAAGAGAAUGAUCCACACCUCUCCCCCCCAGAUCAAGGGUGCAGAAUUGUGACUCGGGUUGGGCCUCCCCUUGGAGUGUCCAGAUGCCAAAAUUGUCCACCUGCCUCUGGGUCAGGCAAUGGAAAUACCAAACCUUUUGACUUUGCCAAAAACCGUACAACCAGCAUGGUCAUACAUCGGGUGGCAGUUCUUUCUGGUUGUUUUAAAAUACUAAAGCAAUAAGAAUAAAAUACAUAGGAAGUUAAAAGACGUCAAGGAAAAGCACAAAGGAACGCACUUACUAUUUGUGAAAACUGCACUGGGGAGAAGCUGAUGCUGAUGACAGUAUAAAAAAAACCCUAGUUCUUGAAAACAUGACAAAUGACUGUCUCUUGUGGACACUUGGUACUGUAAUGUUAAUACUAGUCACCUGCUGUUGGACGCAGCAAUAAUCUGUGUAUGGUCCAUAGCACUGUAUAUUAUGGAUCGACAUUAAUGUAUCCAAUGAAAUAAUUGAACUCUUGUUCUUGAUAGCCUCAUUAAAGCAUUUGGUUUUUCACAUAGUGGUGGCCAGUUGUGUUUCCUUUAAUGCCCAGGCUGAAUGUGUUUGCCUAAAAAAGCAGUAGCACACAUUUUCUGCUAUUUAAUGAAUGACACAUUACAUAAAAAUUUUUUAAAUGCAGUUAAGUAAUUUUUUUGGUUUUAAAUGCUAUUCUAGGAUGCUGCCUUUUAAUUUUAAAUAUUUUUGACAAUGACUUGCAAUCCGAUGAAUUGUAAUUAUGCAGAUUUUUUUUUCCUUCUGAAUUUAGGGAGAUUUUUAAACUCUCAGUGCCAAGAAUUUGUUUUAGAUACAGGAGUUUUAUUUAAAAUGUUUCAAUGAGAGGUAGUUUUGUAAAAAGAGAAAUCUUUGCAUAUCUACAGAAAAAAUACUGGGUUUUUAAAACACAAAUGUACUGUAACGAAAGCUUCAUAUAUACUCAGGCUGCCAGUUCCUGGCUGCGUUUUUUUUUUCUCCUUAAUACAGUACUUAAGAAUCAUUUGAUAAAUGUUGAAUGUGAAUUGGAAAGUGUCAGACAAAACAUGUCUUUAUUCCCUAGCUAGAUCUUAAACUUCUGCCCUUUUAAAAUAUUCUGACUUACCCUCUGGAGAAAACAAGCAAAAAAACUUCCUGUAACACUUCUGAUCGGCGUGUCAGAUCAUUUCUGAGGUUUCUUUCUUUUUUUUCCCCCCCUUAAAUUAUAAUAUACAAUUAUCCGAGCUUUUCGUUUUCAGAGUUACUUGAAUUAUUUAUAAUUCCCAUACAAAUGUGACUGUAAUGUCUUGAAAACCUGAGUAAAAACAGGAAGAUUUCCUACCGGAACAAGAUUUUCUGGGUGAAAUCGAAAACAGGUUAAGGUGAAAUUUGGGGCUGUUUAUCUCGGGCAGUGCGCAGUGGUUCUUUCUGAUGAUGGCUUUUAAAUAAUAAAGCAAAAAGAACAAAUAAAAUACAUAGGAAGUUUCUGCCUUGCUGUUUGCCUGUUAAUGUCACUUCGGAAUCUAUAAUGAGCCUUAAUCUCUAGCUCCCCAACGCAAUUAUGAUAAAUCAGUGCUACCUGGACAUCGGGCAUUCACCUACUUUCCUGACUUUAUUUCAUAUCCACAUACUUAUAUUUUCUUAACUUUUUUAUUAAGCCGACCCACUUUUUUAAAAGACAAAUUCUAUCCAUGAAAUGACAAGGCAUGGUUCUCAGCUAAUUGUCCUGUUUCCAGCUGUGUGGUUUUGGGCAGGUUACUUAAUGUCUCUGUGCUUCAAUUUCCUUUCUGUUCAUCAGAGAUAAUAGUAGCUGCUACAGAGUAGACUGUGUGUGUGUGUAGCACAUACAUACACAUAUAACAAAACAUUUGCCAUUUCAACAUGUUUUAUGUAUACAAUUCAGUAAUAUUAAUUAUAAAUUGUACUCCUUAUGUCCUUCAACCAUCACCACAAUCCAUUUCCAGAUUUUUCCAGCACCCUUAACAGAAACUCAGUGCCCCUUAAACACAUCAUGGUCUUUUGAAAACCAUUUGAAUUAUUUGUGCCUGGCACAUAAUGAGUGGUCACCGAAUGGUAGCAGUUCUGUGUAUUACCAUCAUAAUUGUCUUCAUUAUUAAAAUAGAAAAUAUUUCCUAGAGCACUUAAAAGCGUCAUAUGUAUAAGAAGUGCCGUUUGUUGCUGUGUGCUGUAGAGUCAAUUCCAUCUCCUAGUGACCCUGCAGGACAGAGUAGAACUGCCCCCACAGGGUUUCCAAGGCUCUUUACCUUUAUGGAAGCAGGCUGCCCCAUCUUUCUUCUGCAGAACAGCUGGUGGGUUCCAACCGCUGACUUUUUGGCUAGCAGCCAAGCACAUAACCACUGUGCCACCAUGGCUCCUUAGAAGUGCCAUACACACCACAUUUUGAGAAACUCUGCACCAUAGCAUAGGCCUAAUAUUUGUGAGAACGGGCAAGACAACAAGAUCCACAGGUGACUUUGGAGAAGGGGAACUCGUUGUGUCUGAAACGGGGGAUUAGAAUAUUAUAGAGAAUUAAUCAUUAAGCCCAAUUUAUUACACUGUUUUUAUAUCUUUAGCACAAAUGACCUAAAGUUCAAAUUGUAGUAAACUCAGACCCACUGCCCAUGUGUCUCUGCAAUGAGGAUAAUUAUAUGCAGAAAAUACGCCUGGUGGAAGCUGAAAUCUCUGUGAUAAUCCUUAGAGAAUUAAACUUUUUAAUCCUUUAUGACAUAUACUGAUGUUAUGUAUCUAAAGAGCGGUAUCUUGACUAUACCUGUCUGGUCACUUUCCUAUCAAUAUUUAAAUGUUUUUCAAGUUUUUAUUUUCCAUUAUAGUCAUAUUUGACGGCUUCUUUGGAACACCAUCUGAGGAGCUAAUCCUUAUAAUCCAGCCAACAUAAAUGCAUCUUUAGAGCUGUCCUGUUUUUGUUUUUUGUGUAUGUCAAGAUUUAAUGCAUCGCCAAGUAGCCUGAGGAAAGCUCCUUUAAGAGGAGGUUGUACAGCUAGGUUUUCAUUAUAUUUAGAGAGAGAUGGUGAUGUGCUCUUAAUUUUUUGCAGCCACAUCUGAGGCUCAAUAGUAAUGGCUUCGUGUCUUUAACAUACUAAGAGAGUCAUAAUAUGCACCUUGUACAGAGUAUAAAUGAAAAAGGAGUUUCCAUUGUCUCCAUUUUCCCAAGAGGCAUACAUUCCCCCCGCCAUGUACAAUGUACAUUUGCUGUAUUAAAAUUGCCUAGGCCCUGUAUAUACAUAAAAUUUAGACAUGGUUAAUCGUAUUUGUAUUUAAUAUUUAUAGGUCUUUUGAACCUAUUACCAUACCAGAUUCCUACAAGGGUACACAAAUUCAAAUAAAUCUCAGCAACAUGUCUAGAUGGUAACGGCAUUUUGCUCUUGAAAAAAUUUGCAUUUUAAACUUCUGAUUAUGGAGUCUGUUGAAGUUACAUUCUAAUGGGUGCAAUUGUCACUCAAAAUUCCUUACAUAGUAUUCCGAGAGCAAAAUCUGUGUGGAUAGAAACCACUAAAUCAGUGCUUUUCAAAACUUGCUUUUUGAACUAGCUUCCCAAGGUGUUUCAAUAGUUGCUUUGGGGAAUAGGGGUUUGGUGGGGUGAGAGAUGGUGAAGCUCUGUAGUUAAUUUUGGGACAGUUACCUUUGGAAAAUGAUGAUUUAAGCCAAUUUGAACAGAUAUCUCUAGUGCAAGACUUCUUACGCUCUUUAAUAUGCUAAUACCAAAACCAAAAACAAAACCCAUUCCCAUCAAGUCGAUUCCAACUCAUAGUGACCCUCUAGGCCGGAGUAGAACCGCCCCAUACAUAGGGUUUCCAAGGGGCACCUGGUGGAUUCAAACUGCUGACCUUUUGGUUAGCAGCCGUAGCUCUUAACCACUAUGCCACCAGGGUUUCCUUAAUAGGCUAAUAUGCACUUGAGAAUUUUCAGGACUUAGAAUAGUAUAUAACGUUUCCAAUCAUAUUUCACCAAGAGGAGUGAGUGUGUGAGUAUGUGUGUGUGUGUGUGUGUGUGUGUGUGUGUGUGUAAAACAUCUAUUAAUGAUUCCGAAGAACAUAGUCUGGGAAAUUCUGAAGAUUUUAUAGCAACUACAGAAUUGGUGAAGAUUGUUUCUUCUCCUUUCCUAAGGUAAGUAUGCUUAUAUUUGUUUAUUUUUAGUAUUCUGCAAGUAGAAGCCCUUGCCAUUUAAAAAAAUAUAUAUUAUUCCUGAAAAAAUGAAUUGGAUCAAGCUCCCAUUUCUAAUGAGAAUAUAAAAUUCUGGUUAAGGAAAUAAUUUUUAUUUAAGAGAAAGAUUUUCGAAUUUAAAAAGUAACUCGUAUUUUCUUUUCAAAAAUAUAAAUUCCGGUUAUGUGCAUGUUCAAUAUACCUUUUCUAUGGAUGAUAUUUUUUUUUUAAAGUCAUUUAAAUUGUGUGUUGCUCACCCCUUUAAAUAUGGACAACCUGAUGUUUGAGAGGUAACAUAGUGAUCUUGGUUACAGUAUAACCCUUUCAAGACCCCAUUAUUUUCUGCAUUGAAUAUUUUUUUUUCAUAUGUUUUCAUUAAUGCAAGCAUGCUGAGACAUGGAGUGUGCUUAAAUUCUUGGUAAAAUGGAUUUUGAGAAACAUUAUUUGGGGGUUCAUGGGUCCACAAAGCUUGGGGGAUUCUAGAGUGCCAGGAUUGGUGGGUGCCUGUCUGUCCCACGGGUCAUGGGUGGCAGGAUUUAUUGCAACACAUAAACACACACACAAAACAAAACCAAAAAAAACCCAAACCCAUUGCUGUUGAGUAGAUUCUGACUCAUAGCAACCCUAUAAGACAGUAGAGCUGCCUCAUAGGUUUUUCAAGGAGCAACUGGUGAAUUUGAACUGCUGACCUUUUGGUUAGCAGCUGUAGCUCUUAAAACCCACCAGGGAUGCCUGACUAUCAGAAGGAAACCAUAAGUAUGCUUACAAGGCUUAUCUAGAUGUACAAAAGCCAAAAGAGAUGAAAUUUUACCCCAUCACACUUCCUGAAUCCACUACCUCACUUUUAAGGCUGUUACCCCAGCUACUUUGCUUCAAUGAAUGUUUCUUUCACCCAUCACCAUUACACAAAUUCCCACAUGAGGGCAGCAAAUACUUUUAGUUGGGAAAGUAGAGUCCCAAGAAAUCUGAGAGUCAUAAAAAGUAGGUGGGAUACUGUAUGUCCCAUGGAUCUUAAAAAGGAUAAUUGGUUUAUAACUUUGAGUCUGCUCCAUUGUCUUUUUGGUGGAAGGAAGUUAAGAAGAAUUGUAUGAUAUUCAGAAUUUACAUAGCCUUGACAACGAUUUCUUUCUGAGACAAGUCCUAACAGAGGGACCAGGAUAUAACUCAAAAUUUCAGCUGUUAAUUGGUUAUAGGCCAACCCACAAAAUCUAGGUUGAACAUCAUGUAUCUGAGGCAUAUUAUAGACUCAUUAAGAGUUUGCUAGAAUUUAAACACCUGUAUUACAAAGUCUGAGAACAUAUUAGCACAUCUUUUCUACUCCUUAAAAAUGAGAUCAGAGAUUUCUUUCAGCGUCUUUCUAAAAUAUAUUUAUUAGCCCCUAUCCUUUGCUUGGGAAUAAAUGGUGAACAGAGGAAUUUCACCUCAGUGGAACAGAGUAAUAUAUUGACUCAUUUUACCUUAAAGUCCACAUGGUUAAUGUAACCUUAUGGUAUGUCUGGGCUCAAGAGCUCAAGCAAGGCUUUUCAUCUGCCUGUCUGCAAUUUUCUUGGCUCUGCCUUCCUCUGUGAAGGCAGGUCUCCAUGAGGUUCCCUCUGGUUGUUUCAGACUUAUAUAUCCCCAGCUCAAAGUCCAAUAGAAAGCCAGCACUUCUUUCCUAGUUGCUGUGGCAAAAUCUCUAUAUCAAUUCUGAUCAAGCCUGCUUGGAUAUGAUCACCAUGGUCUAGAAGAUGGAACAGCCCAAUAGACCAGGACUGGGUCACAUGUCCACUUUGCUAGAUUCACUCGAUGGCAGCUAAGCCAUGUGGACCAAGAUUUGCCCACCCUCCAUGCAGUGGUGUUGCUCCUAAAAGAGAGUGUAUUCAGUGUAGGCAAACAACAGAUCUCAUUACUGUAGAUUUCAAGAUGAUUGGGUAAAUUCUACUUAUGCCAACCUCUUGCCCCUCCCAGGCGCAUCAACCUGGGAUUUUUUCCUUCCUCAACCCUGACCCAAGGCCCCUGGGUGGUGGUGGUACAAAUGCUAAACAUGCUCUUCUGCUAACCAAAAGUUGAAGGUUUUAGUCCAUCCAGAGGCACCUUGGAAGAAAGGCCUGGUGAUCUAUUCUAAAAAAUUAGCCAUUGAAAACCCUACGAAGUGCAGUUCUAUUCGGACACAUGAGAUAGCCAUGAGUCGGAAUCCACUUGACAGCAGCAGUUUUUUUUGUUUGUUUGUUUUGUUUUGUUUUGUUUUGUUUGUUUUUAACCGUAUUCCCAGGAUACUAGGAAAGAAGGAAAGGAAAAUAUAAAAUCUCUAUAGCUGUGUCUCUGUCCUCACCAUCAUUCAUGGCUAUUUUUUCAUAAACGAUUCUCCAGCUCUCACCUCCCCACUCAGUCCUGUACCAGAUGGAGCUGCUGAGACCAAGCUCUGCUUGUUCAAAGUACCUGCUAAGCUCGUGUUCCUCUGAAAUUCGCAUGGACUCUUCUGUCGUUUCCAAAGCCCACUGGCCAACCAGGGCGUUUU